CCCGCUUCCGGGCCCGGUCGCCAUUUCCAGCGGUUGCAGGUUGUCACGGGUUGAAGUCCGCUGGGACAAUGAGCUAUGACUACCAUCAGAACUGGGGCCGCGAUGGCGGGCCCCGCAGCUCCGGCGGGGGUUAUGGAGGAAGCUACGGAGGGGGCCAUGGAGGAGGCCAUUCGGGGAACCGAGGCUCCGGAGGUGGCGGCGGUGGAGGAGGAGGGGGUGGUCGAGGCGGCCGAGGCCGACAUCCCGGGCACCUGAAAGGCCGCGAAAUCGGCUUGUGGUACGCGAGGAAACAAGGACAGAAGAACAAGGAGGCCGAGAGGCAGGAGAGAGCUGUAGUACAUAUGGAUGAACGUCGAGAAGAGCAGAUCGUGCAGCUGCUACAUUCUGUGCAAGCUAAGAGUGAUAAAGAUUCGGAAGCACAAAUAUCCUGGUUUGCUCCUGAAGAUCACGGAUAUGGUACUGAAGCUCCUGCUGAGAAUAAACCAAACUCAGUAAAGAAAAUUGAGGAUCAGGAAAAAAAAUUAAUAAAUCAAGAAAAAAGGCCAUUUAGAAUCAGGGACAAAUAUAUUGACCGUGAUUCUGAAUAUCUUUUGCAAGAAAAUGAACCAGAUGUAACUUUGGACCAACAGUUAUUGGAAGAUUUACAAAAGAAAAAAACUGACCUUCGGUAUAUUGAAAUGCAGCAUUUCAGGGAAAAGCUGCCUUCAUAUGGAAUGCAAAAGGAAUUAGUAAAUAUGAUCAACAACCAUCAGGUAACAGUAAUAAGUGGUGAAACUGGUUGUGGAAAAACCACUCAAGUUACUCAGUUCAUUUUGGAUAACUACAUUGAAAGAGGAAAAGGAUCUGCAUGCAGGAUAGUUUGUACUCAGCCGAGAAGAAUUAGUGCCAUUUCAGUUGCAGAACGAGUGGCUGCAGAAAGGGCAGAAUCUUGUGGCAAUGGUAAUAGUACGGGAUACCAGAUUCGUCUACAGAGUCGGUUGCCAAGGAAACAAGGUUCUAUCUUAUAUUGUACGACAGGAAUCAUUCUUCAGUGGCUUCAGUCAGACCCGCAUUUGUCCAGUGUUAGUCAUAUCGUGCUUGAUGAAAUCCAUGAGAGAAAUCUACAGUCGGAUGUUUUAAUGACUGUUAUUAAAGAUCUUCUCAGUUACCGACCUGACCUGAAAGUAAUACUGAUGAGUGCAACAUUGAAUGCUGAGAAAUUUUCAGAAUACUUCGGAAACUGUCCAAUGAUACACAUACCUGGUUUUACCUUUCCGGUUGUGGAGUAUCUUUUGGAAGAUAUAAUUGAGAAAAUAAGGUAUGUUCCAGAACAAAAAGAACACAGAUCCCAGUUUAAAAGGGGUUUCAUGCAAGGACAUGUAAAUAGACAAGACAAAGAAGAAAAAGAAGCAAUCUAUAAAGAACGCUGGCCAGGUUAUGUGAGAGAACUGCGGAAAAGGUAUUCUGCAAGCACUGUAGAUGUUAUGGAAAUGAUGGAUGAUGAUAAAGUUGAUCUGAAUUUGAUUGCUGCCCUUAUUCGAUAUAUUGUUUUGCAAGAAGAGGAUGGUGCAAUACUGGUCUUUCUACCAGGCUGGGACAAUAUCAGCACUUUACAUGAUCUCUUGAUGUCACAAGUGAUGUUUAAAUCAGAUAGAUUCCUUAUUAUACCUUUACAUUCACUGAUGCCUACAGUUAACCAGACACAGGUUUUUAAAAGAACCCCUCCUGGUGUUCGGAAAAUAGUCAUUGCUACCAAUAUUGCAGAGACCAGCAUUACCAUAGAUGAUGUAGUUUAUGUAAUAGACGGAGGAAAAAUAAAGGAGACACACUUUGACACACAGAACAACAUCAGUACAAUGUCUGCUGAGUGGGUUAGUAAAGCUAAUGCCAAGCAAAGGAAAGGUCGAGCUGGAAGAGUUCAACCUGGUCAUUGCUAUCAUCUGUAUAAUGGUCUUAGAGCCAGCCUUCUAGAUGACUAUCAGCUGCCGGAAAUUUUGAGAACACCUUUGGAAGAACUUUGUUUACAAAUAAAGAUUUUAAGGCUUGGUGGGAUUGCUUACUUUCUGAGUAGGCUAAUGGAUCCACCAUCAAAUGAAGCAGUGUCACUCUCCAUAAAUCAUCUGAUGGAACUGAAUGCUCUGGAUAAACAGGAAGAAUUGACACCUCUUGGAGUCCACUUAGCACGAUUACCAGUUGAGCCACACAUUGGGAAAAUGAUUCUUUUCGGAGCUCUGUUCUGUUGCUUAGACCCAGUACUCACCAUUGCUGCUAGUCUCAGCUUCAAAGACCCUUUUGUGAUUCCAUUGGGAAAAGAAAAAGUUGCAGAUGCAAGAAGAAAGGAAUUGGCAAAGGAUACUAAAAGUGACCACCUGACAGUCGUAAAUGCAUUUGAGGGCUGGGAAGAAGCUAGACAACGUGGUUUCAGAUAUGAAAAAGACUAUUGCUGGGAGUAUUUUCUGUCUUCAAACACACUGCAGAUGCUGCAUAACAUGAAAGGGCAGUUUGCUGAGCAUCUUCUUGGAGCUGGAUUUGUAAGCAGUAGAAAUCCUAAAGAUCCAAAAUCUAAUAUAAAUUCAGAUAAUGAGAAGAUAAUUAAAGCUGUCAUCUGUGCUGGUUUAUAUCCCAAAGUUGCUAAAAUCCGACUAAAUCUGGGUAAAAAAAGAAAAAUGGUAAAGGUUUACACAAAAACCGACGGACUAGUUGCUAUUCAUCCUAAAUCUGUUAAUGUGGAGCAAACGGAGUUUCACUACAACUGGCUUAUCUAUCACCUGAAGAUGAGAACAAGCAGUAUAUACUUGUAUGACUGCACAGAAGUCUCCCCAUACUGUCUCUUGUUCUUUGGAGGUGAUAUUUCCAUCCAGAAGGAUAACGAUCAGGAAACUAUUGCUGUUGACGAAUGGAUUAUCUUUCAGUCUCCAGCAAGAAUUGCCCAUCUUGUUAAGGAAUUAAGAAAGGAACUCGAUAUCCUUCUGCAAGAGAAGAUUGAAAGUCCCCACCCUGUAGACUGGAAGGACACUAAAUCCAGAGACUGUGCGGUACUCUCAGCCAUCAUAGACUUGAUCAAAACGCAGGAAAAAGCGACUCCCAGGAACUUGCCUCCACGCUUCCAGGAGGGAUACUACAGCUGACGGCUUUCCUGUGGUGGCCUGAAAACCCAGUUUGACGGCCAUUUUUCCAUCUUGGUUUGCCUUUUGGCUAGAUGCCAAACCCUGGGACAUGCAUUCUCAUGUGUAAGGUAGAAACUUUCAGUAGGUAGUAAAGACUUAAUGUGCAUGAGUUAACAGUGUUAUCUGUAGCUAUUAUAAAUAUGCCAUAAAAAACAAUACAUUCUCUGAUCAUAUACUCUAUAGUGGUCAUGUCCACAUUUUGAGAGUAUUUCUCAUAUAUUUUGAAUGUUGUACCAUUUGAGAAAUGCCUUUGUUCUGUUAUAAAAAAUUGAUCUUUCUACCCAUAAUGCCUGAGUAUAGAACCAGUAAAAAGAAUGGUUAGCCAAAAAGCAGUGUCAAAUCAGAAUUUGACCACAUCUACAUUUUUUAAUGAAACUUCUAUCAGAAGGAAAUUAAUUUGUUGUAAUAAAGCCCAGUAUUUAAUAAAAUGUACAGUGUGUAAAUCUCA